GGCAGCGAGGGGAUGGAGACGAAGUGCCGGGGGAGCAGCGCUGCGGUCGCGGUUCUUGUUCUCUGUGGAGGAGGCGAGUGGCCCUUUCUCCGCCCCUUUUUGCUUCUCCUCCCACUGAGUGAUUCAAGCCUUGCGCUUCCCACUUCCGCACCCUCUGCCAGCCAUUGGAACUAGCAAAGCCGAACAAGUUGCGGCCGCCGAGCAGCCGGCGUUCCCCGCCUCCUCAUCCUCUCCUCCUUCUCCUUCUUCUCCUUGCCUGGCCGCCGACGUCGCCGCCACCCCGAGGCCUCGCGACCGCCGAGCCCGCAGCCCACGCCACGGCCGACAUGAGCUUCUUGUUUGGUAGUCGCUCCUCUAAAACGUUUAAACCAAAGAAGAACAUACCAGAGGGUUCUCACCAGUAUGAGCUCUUAAAGCAUGCAGAGGCCACACUGGGCAGUGGAAACCUCCGGAUGGCUGUCAUGCUUCCUGAGGGGGAAGAUCUAAAUGAGUGGGUUGCAGUGAACACUGUAGAUUUCUUCAAUCAGAUCAACAUGCUUUAUGGAACAAUCACAGAUUUUUGUACAGAAGAAAGUUGUCCAGUGAUGUCAGCUGGCCCAAAAUAUGAGUAUCAUUGGGCAGAUGGAACAAACAUAAAGAAGCCUAUUAAGUGCUCUGCACCAAAGUACAUUGAUUACCUGAUGACUUGGGUUCAGGACCAGUUGGAUGAUGAGACAUUAUUUCCAUCAAAAAUUGGUGUCCCAUUUCCGAAGAAUUUCAUGUCUGUGGCAAAAACUAUACUCAAACGCCUCUUUAGGGUUUAUGCUCACAUUUAUCAUCAGCAUUUUGACCCUGUGAUCCAGCUGCAGGAGGAAGCACAUCUCAAUACAUCUUUCAAGCACUUUAUUUUUUUUGUCCAGGAAUUCAACCUUAUUGACAGAAGAGAACUUGCACCACUCCAGGAACUGAUCGAAAAACUCACCUCAAAGGACAGAUAAAAGAAUGCAGAUGUGUGCAAAUUAUUCCUCAAAUGAAGCUGUGUGGAGUGCAUUUGGAUUUUGUUUUAUUUUAUUUUUAUCUUGGUUGUUUUUAUGUUAGGUUUGGGGGGCUUAUUUGGGUUCCUUUUUCUUUAUUCUGAAUAAAUGAAACCAUAUACUAUGGCUAGAGGAAGGCAAGAACCAUUCUCUAUUCAGUUGAUAGGGGUAAAUUUUGUCUUAGUGGCAUACAGUAUUUUUUCUAACUUGGGGAAUUUUUGAUAAUACUAUAUGUUGAAAGAAAUGCUUAUUGAUUGGACUGCUGAUGGAUGGGGGUUCUCCGUUGUGUAAAUUGUGGUUGAUUUUUGAAGUCCCCAAAAGUCUUAUGUUUUUAAGUGCCUUGGCAGGCUCAUUUCUGAGGUGCAAAGCACAGACAUAGAACUGAACAGGGCUUGAAACAAUAUUAGGAUUACUACCCAGGGCACUUACUGAUGCAUGUUUCAAAAUACCUAUUGAUAAAAGCCAUAGUUUACCUAAAUUGGUGAUCUCCAGCUUUUACUACAUUAAAGAAACACAGUUUGUAAAGGUGUGCAUGUAGAGCAUAAAAAAUUAGUAUUUCUUAAUUAUUUUUGAUAUUGAUAGUAAUUCUGUUCAACAGAUGCUUAAAGUUCUACAAGCAGGUCUUUUCCAUCUCUUGAUAUCUGUGAUAUUGAAACUUGAAGAUGUUGAAAUGUAAUACCGGUUACAUUUUGGCUUCUUUCUACAUGUUAACUGCACUGUAGGUGUAAAAAUUCAGGUUAUAUAUAGGUUUGCCAUCUUCAGAGAUGAUGCUGAACUGUGAGGUUUCUUAGCAAUUGCCAAAUGAGCCAUAAAUCUGCAGAAUCCCCUUCUGCUUUGAAGAGGAGGUGAUAGGAGUGUGUGUUUGUUUGCAGGGGGGUUAGUUUGAAUGGUGCGUUAUAGAUGGGAUUAAGUACAGGGAGUCAAGUUCAAGAAAGUCCUUUCUCAAAACUCUUGAAUAGAAUGGCAUGAAUAUUUUAAUCAAUCUCUUGUAAGCAAAGUCUUAGAGACUUCCUUUUAGGAAUCAACUUCCAUGAGAAGUUAAAAAUAAAUUACUAAUUUUAGAUAUAGACAUAAACAUGGAAUUUAAGGACUUUGGGGAAAUUGAUCACUUUACAGCAUUUCCAUUCAGUGAAUGGAGCUGGUGUUUGUCAUUUUAAAAUGAUACAGUACCUUCUUUACUUGUUAUAGGCCCAACUUGAAACAUUCUGACUUCUGAUUUUUCCACUGUGAAAGGAAAUCUUUCUUUGCAGUGAUAUCAGAUAAUGAAAGUGCUAAAGUAGUAAUUAACUUUUACAUUUUUUUUUUUUUGCUAUGACUUUCUGGUGAGCUAUUCCCAUAAGUAAAAAGUUCAGAAACUUAGUUUUUUUGUUUUUUUUUUUUGCGGUACGCGGGCCUCUCACUGUUGCGGCCUCUCCCGUUGCGGAGCACAGGUUCUGGACGCGCGGGCUCAGCGGCCGUGGCUCACGGGCCCAGCUGCUCCGCGGCACGUGGGAUCUUCCCGGCCCGGGGCAUGAACCCAUGUCCCCUGCAUUGGCAGGCGGACUCUCAACCACUGCGCCACCAGGGAAGCCCCCAGAAACUUAGUUUUUAAAAUAAAUGUUAACAUUUUUCACUUCAGUUUUACUCUUGUGAAAUAUCCUUUUUAGACUUCCAGUUUUAAUUUCGUCAUUUCUGGUAAAUCUGUUUCCUUCAGUUAGAAAUAUAUACUCUUCCUUUGUUAGGAAUAUAUACCUUUUUCCUUGUAGAAUAGAAGUCUUACUCUGAAAUUGUAUAGACUAAAAACAGUAGAAAAGAAUCUAAAAUGAAAUCAGUUUGUUUUUGCCAUUAACAAGUAGAAUAGUGAUACAAUUUACUGCCAUUACAAUUAUGAUCAGUAGGAACUGCCUUUUUCUCAUUUCUAGCAAUCAUUCUCCAAGUACCAACAGUAGAAAGUAACAGGAGAGCCUGGCAGAGGCAAGUAUAUUGGACAUGCCUUGGUCAUACUUAUUUAUAAACUGCAAUGAGAACUAGCUGAUUUCCUUAAAACAUAUCUUUUAGUAUCCAAAUAUAUAAUAUCAGCCACUGUGGGUUGAUUGAGAAACAAAAUCUGGCAUCUAGUGAUUUGGGGUACCAUCUAUUUAGGAAGAUGAAACAUAUGAUUAUUCAAAUAGUCUUCCAAUACUGCAUUUGACUUCAUAUCAACCUAGUAAUAAAGGGGUUGCAGUAGCCAAGUGUGGAGAGACAAGUGAAACAUUGUUUUUACUCAUUUAAGCCUUAUACAGUAGUACACUGUACAAAUGUUAUUAUAAAUUAAUGUUUAGUAGUCGGACUUACUUUUCCACUCUAUGUAGAUAGGAGUUUCUUAUCACUGUGCCAGAAUCUCAGGUGCCUGCUUCUGAGUAUUCCUUUAAACAGAGGUAUUGGGAAGUAAGGAAAUAUGUAUGUGUAUAUAUAUGGUAACAAAGUAGAGACAUUCUCCCAGGGAGAGGCCUGGCAUUGUGCAUGGUGUUACAUGGCUGCAAAUAGGGAAACACCAGAGCAUGUGAGAAAUAACUGACUUAAUAAAAAGCUGCUUUGAUUCGUUUGGUUCCCAGGAGCAUUAGUAAGAUGCCUUUUAUAAAAUAAGGAUCAAAUCUUGGUUUUACAACAUAGUUUGCUUAUAAAUGUCUAUUGGAUUCUUUCCAGAUUUCUUAAUUUGUAAAUAACCCGGAUAAUGAUUUCCCCCCCUGCUCUUCAUACAGAGAUAUAAAGCAGAAGUUGGUUUUCUCAUCUGCUGAUGAAAGCAUAAAAUAUAAAGUAGUAAGUUAACAUAGUAUUGUCACAAAGCUUUGGUUAAAUGUUGAUAGGAAGCAAGUUUUAGUAAUUCUUUUAAAUGACGGUGUAAUGGUGGUGGAGAGAAAUUAAUAACAGAGUGAAAAUCUUUCCAUUAGCUGUAGGUGGUGCUACUGGCUUUCAUUUACUGGCUUGAUUAUUCUGUUUUCCAUAAAAACCAUGGCACUAGGCUGCACUAAAACAUUAAGUAUGUGUUAGCUGGUAGAGGCUUUGGAGGUCAGUUUACCUUAAAUUGAAAGAUUUUAGAUUGCUAUCUCUUCCUACCUUUGUCAUUUUUAAAUGCUAAAUGUUCAGCAUAAAAUUAAGUAGGAAAAGAUAUGUUUAGUGUAUAAUAUGUCGCAGACUGAGGUACUACCUGGCUUAUCAGGAAAGAUAAAGCACUACAAUCUUUUAUAUUCAAGAAUUACCGAUAAUGUGGAUAUUUAUAUUUUACAUGUAAGCACCACACUGCAUUUUAUGUAUUAGCAUUUUCCUUGCUUAGGGGAAAAUAGCAAAAUGACAGAUUUCUUUUAUACCUUUGUGUACACCCUCUCUGAGAGAGUUUUUGAUAACCACUGAAAUGGUAAAAUAUGUGAGAUAAAAUUAUUAAGUUGUAGGACUUCCUUUUAAGAUAAAUAUGUCAUACCUUGAACAUCUCAAAUGAGAGUUGAUCUUCAGAGUAGUUUUCUUUGGGAGCACUACUUAUUCCAGCUAUGCUGCAAAGGUGUAAUGUUUCUAGAACACUUUCAGCGAUGCCUUGAGAAUUGGUUUGUGACUAUGCAGGAAAAUCUGUUUUAUCAUUUCAGUUGCACUGAAAACUUUUCUGGAAGCUUAAUAUGACCUAUCUCAUUCACCAAAACAACUCUACUUUGGCUGUUUUCUUAGAACUAAACUAUUAAGGAAGUUCAAAAGAAUAUGCCAUAGGCUCUGAAUUUGCAGAACAGAAUGUUUUGAGCACUGAUUUGUAGCAUCAUUUAAUAAAAAAAUAGUUUCCUGAUGUCACUGCUUUGAAGUAGGCAGUAUUGUUUGGAUGUACAAGUUUUAUUUUUUUAAUUUAGUUUAAUUACCUUACAGUUAAAUAUAAUAGUUUAAAAAACCAAAGUCUUUUUCUUAUUUUCUAUUUUUGGUCCAUUUUCCUGAUAACUUUUGGAUUAUAUCUUGAGUACUGUAGGGUAGUUUUGAUUGAAGGUAUAUUAAAAAUAAAAAUGGAUCCAAUAUUUAAGAUAGAAGUAGCUUAAGGAAGCAGCAGGCUUUACCUCCAUGCUUUUUUUUUUAAACUUAUUUUCACGCAAAUGAACAAUUUGAAUUUAAAGACUGGAGAUCAUUGUAAAAAGAAAUUGGAAUACAGUUUAUAUAUUAAUUAUGCUGAAUUUAAGUCUGUGUGUCACAGUAAAAUAUUUCAAAUUGUAUAAUCAUUUCAUAUGUGAUUUAUAACUUUAACAUUUUGAAUGUCUUUUUAAAAGAUAUGAGACAAGAAGUAUAUUUGAAAAUGUCACUGCAUACCAAGAGGAAAACUUAACUUAUUUUGAAACUUAUCUGGGAUAUUAAAGAAUAUACCAAUUCCUAGAAACACUAUUCUAGAUCUAUACGGACGGCUCCUAAAAUGAUUUAAAUAUCAGCAUUUUGUCAUAAUAUUAAGUUUCACCAUAGGAAUUACAGUUGUUGAGCUGUCAGUUUAAUGGUAUAUGAGAUAACUGUUAGAGCUAAAGCUAUUUCAUGAUUUAAUGGAAAAGUUUAAUUUUAAGAUAUAAUAACAAUUCUGACUGCAGACAAUUUGAAUUUUUGAGGCUCUCCUAAUGAGCUAAUUAUAGAGAAAAAUUCAUUUUGAAGGUAUAAAACUGUGUUCCAUGUCUGCCACUUGUAGCUGAACUGAUACUUAAAUUUUGACAAAAGAGAGAAAAUACAGAUUAAAAUACUGAGUACUCUCAGUUUUGCAAGUGUGAUACAAAUUUCCUUUUUUGCAUAUAAUACUACACAAUAGAAAAAUUUGGAUUAGAAUCCUCAAAGAUAGUGAAAUCACUGGCCUUUCCAAACCUAUGUUUACUUGUCAUCUUCUCCUUGGAGGUAAAUUACUUCCUUACUGGUGUUGACUUUCCAUAUACUCCUCUCUCCCCUAUCUCACAACACACACAGACACACACACACACACAGACGAAAAACAAAACAGAUUGAUUAUAUAGGUCCUCACUGUUAGUGAUUCUGAAGUGAUUGCUGUCAAUACAUAGGUUGCACCUGAAGUGUUGGAUGAUACAAUUUACAUAAGCAUUUUUGGUUGUUUUGGUUCAUAGCUUUCUUUAAACUACAUCACUGAAGCUGAGAUUACUAGAGAUAUAAAUUUAAAUCUUUUAUUAAUAUUUAAUUUCUGUUAUAUAUUAUUAAAUUCUUAUAUGUGUGGGUGUUUCUUACAGGUUUGCAGGUUUUCAUUUUGUUUACUUAAUUGUGCAAGUUGUAAAAUAGAUUCUUGCAUUUUCAUUUUAAGAACACUUUUCUCCUUAAAUUGUUCUGCAGAGAUAACUGUUUUUAGGGGAAAUAGUUUUUUACAGCCACUAAAUUGUAUGUUAUUUUUGUACAUGCAUACUAGGGUGGUAAGGACACUAAUCUUGUGGGGAAAACUUAAAUUUGUUUUAUUUGAACUUUCCCUAUACAUUAUUACUAAAAAUUAUCUAGGAAUAGCAUCACGAGAUCUAGGUUGAGAGAGAAUACAAUAAACAUGAGAAUACUUAAAGUUUUAAUAGAAUCAUUUCUGAGGACAAAACCAGAAUACUGCCAGUGCCAUAAAUGGAAGCAUGAGGCAGCAUUCACACUGUGCAACUGUUGCAGAGAAUGAGUAAGACAGGAUCCUGCUCUAAUGGAGAUGGACAAUUUCUCUCUAUUAAAGUAGCUGAAUCUAAAACAUGAAAUGCAACAUGGGGGCUAUAUUGUAAACUGUGCCAAGAUUACUCAAAUUGUAGUUACUUUUGAUCAGACUUCAACUGUUUUCUCAUUUUUGUUUUAAAAGGAGAUACUGAGGGAAUUCCCUGGCAGUUCAGUGGUUAAGACUUGGCGCUUUCACUGCUGGAGGCCCAAGUUCUAUCCCUGGUCAGGGAACUAAGAUCCUACAAACCAUGUAGUGUGGUAAGAACUAAAAAAUAAAAGGGGAUACUGAAUGUCGGAAAAUCUGUAAUAUGUUUUAAUUGAGAGAUGUAAAUAAUGUAUACAGACUUGUAUGUCAUGGGAUUGGAAAUAUUUAAAUUCUAGGGUUUUUUUUCUUUAAAGGAAGAAACUGAAUGUCUAUUUAAAAAAAUAAUAAAUAGUUAUGUUUGGCCAUGAA